UGAGCUCCUUGUGAAGCGGUUCUGAGGGAACAGCAGCAGGACUGGGAGAGGAAAACACAACUACUGGAAUACAAGGGUUACCUUGGACAUAAUGCUGACAGAAGAUGGAUGCUCCUGAGUAUUUGGAUCUGGAUGAGAUUGAUUUUACUGAUGAUUUAGCUUACACAUCAAAGAACAUUCCUGAGCUUUGUCGGAGAAAUGAUGGACAGGCUGAGGAAAGACAAGCUCCGGGAAUCAACUGGAGUCGAAGUGCCUCAACACACAGCGGAAGUGGAAUCAAACCCACUGGAAUCGCUGACGUGUACAGCAAAUUUAGACCCGUUAAACGGGUCUCGCCACUCAAACACCAACCAGAGGUGUCAGAUGCGGAGACUGAGAAGAGUUCUGACCAAAAUGUAGAGACCAACAAGGAGGAUUCCUCUCCAAAAGAUCUUCAAGCAAGUGUCACUCCGUGUGAUGUUCAGGUGCUGAAGUGCAAAAGUAUUGCUAAUGGAGCACUAUUUGGGGAACUGGAGCAUUAUGACUUGGACAUGGAUGAGAUCCUGGAUGUGCCUUAUAUUAAAUCCAACCCACAAAUGGCCACCCUGCCCAGAUUGGCCUCUGAGAAGCGGAGUAGUGCCACUGAUAGAAGUCCAGGCCUCAAGGCAUCCUCCUUGGCUCACCCUGAGUCACUAGGUAGUGGAACCCAGUUCUGCGUUCUUCCACCCGUUAACUGGCCAGACAUGAGAAAGUCAAAGUCCAUGGAUCCAGAUUAUUUUAGGGCACAAAUGGGUGGAUACGACCACUCCCCCAAAUCACUGCAUCGCUCUAUAUCUGAAGCUGACAAACACUUGUCAAACAGACCUUUUCCAGAUACACCAACCCAUAAAGCUGGCACUGACACUGGUGUUAGCCAGCCUUUGCUCCCUAUUCAGAGUGGCUCUUUGUCCAGAGUGGACAGUAGCAAGCAUUGGAGCAGUCCAAAAGCAUUCGGAGACUGUGAUGAAGAAAACAAGAAGUCUCCGAAUAUAAUCAACAUAGUGCGGGAGGGUCAAAUCUCACUGCUGCCUCAUUUUGCUACAGAAAACCUGGAACAAAUUCGGGAUGAGAACGGGAACAAUCUCCUUCAUAUCUCGGCUGCUCAGGGUCAUGCAGAGUGCCUGCAGCACCUCACCUCCCUCAUGGGGGAAGACUGUCUUAACGAACGCAACAAUCAGCAGCUUACUCCUGCUGGUUUGGGUGUCAGGAAUGGACACCUGGAGUGUGUGCGUUGGAUGGUGAGUGAAACAGAGGCUAUUGCUGAGCUUAGCUGUACACGGGAUCACCCCAGCCUUAUCCACUAUGCAGCACAAUAUGGCCAGGAAAAAAUCUUGUUGUGGCUACUACAGUUCAUGCAAGAACAAGCAAUCUCACUGGAUGAAGUGGAUCAGAAUGGAAGCAGUGCAGUACAUGUUGCGGCUCAGUAUGGUCAUCUCGGCUGCCUUCAGACACUGGUGGAAUAUGGCUCAAACGUGACCAUUCAGAACCAGCAAGGCGAAAGACCAUCUCAGUGCGCCGAACGACAAGGUCACACCACCUGCGCACGAUACCUGGUGGUGGUGGAGACCUGCAUGUCCUUGGCUUCACAGGUGGUCAAGCUUACCAAACAGCUGCAUGAACAAACCACAGCAAGAAUAGCAGUCCAGAAUCAACUGCAAAUGUUGUUACAGUCCCAGGAUCCUAAUGGAAGACCUAGAUCACCCAGUUUGGUUGUUCCUCCUGAAGCUUGGCCUGAAAUGACCCUCACAGCAGAGGUCACCCCCGGUGACGGGCAGUGGGUACUGAGGCAAAGGCAGGUGGACUCAGACUCGGUCCUGCACAGGUUCCUUGGGAAGGAUGCUGCCGACAGAGUGGCUACUAAGGAAAAGGAGCUCCAAGAAGAAGCACCAGAGGGCGCCAGUGGCACAGAUUCAGGGACGGGACCACUCAGAAGACCAGGAGUGGUGGACAGACGGGAGCUGAAAAUGGCUCGACUCAGACAGUUAAUGCAGCGUUCCCUCAGUGAAUCAGACACAGACUCGUACCCCCCGGACGAGUCCAAGCAAACCCCUGGCACCACGAGACCAGAAAGGCCGAGCCAGCUUCCUAUAGCAGAGAACGAGGAACCGGUGCACUUAUUUAUGAAGAAGCAUACCUCAGCUGCAGAGCGCAAGUUCUCAUUCACACUUAGGACUUCCAAAUCCAUGGACGGAUGCAAUCCGUCUCCCAUAUCAGACACCAGCGAUCACGAUCAUGAAACAAAAACUGAAUUGUUAGGAGAUGUUACCGACUGUAACAAUGGGCAGAAAGUUACAAGUCCAAAAAGCGCCCUGAAAUCGCCCUCUUCCCGCAGGAAAACCUCUCAGAACCUUAAACUCAGGGUGACUUUUGAUGAAGCACCGGUUGUGCACAAGGAUAAUCAAGCAGCAGAGGUUAAAGGAGCUAAAGAAAAGACUUCAGAAUCAGGGAAACGACCCUUUGGAACUUUUCGCUCCAUUAUGGAAACGCUAAGCGGGAAUCAAAACAGCAACAACAAUAACGUUCAAGGCACAUCUGUCGGAAAGCAGUCAGCUUUUUCUUCAGCACACGGUCUCUCUGGGAAAAAAUCUGAUGCUAAGACCAGUCCAGGAGGGCUGUCCAAAUGCAAAAAUAAGACCAGUGCUGUCUAAGUGCCUUCCUACAGUAGUCCUGUGAGAACAGAGCAGUGUUUUAUUUUUCCUAAAGUAUUUACUAUAAAACUAUUGUUUUUACUGCAGCUAGUAAAAUAGA